UCUCUACAACUUGUUCAGCCCCCCACCCCAAUUGAGUUUGCGUUAAAUUCUAGAGUUUGAAAUUUGAAAAAUGCCCCGCGUGCCGUACACUUGGCGCCAGCCGGACUUCCCUGGCGAUGGCAGCGAUCUGGCCUGGCUGCAGCCCACGCUGCUCAUCAUUUGCCCCAAGGCCAAUCUGGAGAAGGCCAUAGAGCCGCUGCUGCGCACCCUCAAGCAGCCGCUCGCGCCCCGCACUGUGGCGGCCGUCUGCGUGCACGAGACGAUGCGCUCGGCCUUCCAGGAGAAGGUCUGCCAGUCGCUGGAAAUGCUGCACACCCAGGUGCAGAGCCACGACUACUAUGCGCGGGCACUGCGCACCAUUGGCUGUCUGCGCGCGGAGACGGUGGGCCUGCAGCAGACCGACAAGAUUGGCUUCCAGAGCAAGCUGGCCCGCGGCUCGCCGGUGCUCGUGUGCGGCUUCGAUCAGAGCUUCUUUAGCAUGAAGCAUCCCAGCACUGUGGUGACGCUGCACACCUUUCGGCAUGCCCUCGAGCUGCCCCAGGUGGUGGCCAGGGAGCGGCUGAGCUUCGCCAGUGCGGCCAUCUGGGGCGGCAAGAUGUGCGACAUCUACGAGGUGGCCCUCCAGCUGCCGGUCAUCCGGACGGUGUACCUCAACUGCCAUGCGGUGCCGCUGGCGCCCAUCGAGCAGUACUUCGCGGCCCGCCAGCCGCACGUCGUCAUGGCCAAUCACCAUCACUUCGAGGUGCUGCUGCACGAGGAGCGCGCCUGGAUCAUUGUCUAUCCGGCCAGGGUCGAGUGGCAUCCGUCCAUCAAGCCGCGUACCACAAUGUCGUUCACAGAGCCGCCGCUGAUUCUGAAGGGGAAGGACGUUCGCAUGCCCCAACCUUGAUCCCCCAAUAUUAUUUGUCCCCCGACUUGGGAGAAUAAAUUCCGUUUACCCGAAUCUGUAAGUUGAUCUUUUA